CAGCAGGGGCCCGCCAGUUACCCGGCCCGCCGCCCGAGCUCAGUCGCCUGCUGCUCGACCCCGAGGCCUAGGGCACCAUGGCCUUCGCCAGCCUGCGCAAGGUGCUCAUCAGCGACAGCCUGGACCCCUGCUGCCGGAGGAUCCUGCAGGAUGGGGGGCUGCAGGUGGUGGAGAGGCAGAACCUGAGCCAGGACGAGCUCAUCGCCGCGCUGCGGGACUGCGAAGGCCUUAUCGUCCGUUCAGCCACCAAGGUCACCGCGGACGUCAUCAAUGCAGCAGAGAAGCUCCAGGUGGUGGGCAGAGCCGGCACGGGCGUGGACAACGUGGACCUGGAGGCGGCCACUAGGAAGGGCAUCCUGGUCAUGAACACCCCGAAUGGGAACAGCCUGAGUGCUGCAGAGCUCACAUGCGGGAUGAUCCUGUGUCUGGCCAGGCAGAUUCCACAGGCGACAGCAUCCAUGAAGGAUGGCAAAUGGGAGCGGAAGAAGUUCAUGGGAACAGAACUGAAUGGAAAAACCCUGGGGAUUCUUGGCCUGGGCAGGAUUGGGAGAGAGGUGGCCACCCGGAUGCAGUCCUUUGGGAUGAAGACUGUAGGCUAUGACCCCAUCAUUUCUCCAGAAGUCUCAGCCUCCUUUGGCGUGGUGCAGCUGCCCCUGGAAGAGCUCUGGCCUCUCUGUGACUUCAUCACGGUGCACACGCCUCUUCUGCCCUCCACCACUGGCUUACUGAAUGACAGCUCCUUCGCCCAGUGCAAAAAGGGAGUGCGUGUGGUGAACUGUGCCCGAGGCGGGAUUGUGGACGAGGGUGCUCUGCUUCGGGCGCUGCAGUCUGGGCAGUGUGCGGGAGCCGCGCUGGACGUGUUUACAGAAGAGCCACCGCGGGACCGGGCACUAGUGGACCAUGAGAAUGUCAUCAGCUGUCCCCACCUGGGUGCCAGCACCAAGGAGGCCCAGAGCCGCUGUGGGGAGGAGAUCGCCAUGCAGUUCGUGGACAUGGUGAAGGGGAAGUCCCUGGCGGGGGUGGUGAACGCACAGGCCCUCACCAGCGCCUUCUCCCCGCACACCAAGCCCUGGAUCGGCCUGGCGGAAGCUCUGGGAGCCCUGAUGCGUGCUUGGGCUGGCUCCCCCAAGGGGACCAUCCAGGUGGUGACACAGGGGGUGUCUCUGAAGAACGCCGGCAGCUGCCUGAGCCCCGCAGUCAUGGUUGGCCUUUUGAAAGAGGGAUCUAAGCAGGCGGAUGUGAACUUGGUGAAUGCCAAGCUACUGGUUAAAGAGGCUGGCCUCAAUGUGGCCAUGUCCCAUGCGCCUGCAGCAGCUGGGGAGCAGAGCAGCGCUGAAUGCCUGCUGACCGUGGCGCUGGCCGGGGCCACCUACCAGGCUGUGGGCACAGUCCAGGGCACUACACCUGUUCUCCAAGCACUCAACGGAGCCGUCUUCAGGCCUGAGGUGCCUCUCCGACAAGGCCUGCCCCUGCUCAUGUUCCGGGCGCAGACCUCCAAUCCUGCAAUGCUGCCCACCAUGAUUGGCCUCCUGGCACAGGCAGACGUGCAGCUGCUCUCUUACCAGACCUCAAUAGCGUCCGAUGGGGAGACGUGGCAUGCCAUGGGCCUUUCCUCCCUGCUGCCCAGCCUGGAAGCGUGGAAGCAGCACGUAUCUGAGGCCUUCCAGUUCUGCUUCUAGCCUUGGAGCUCGCUGGUCGUCCCUCUAAUUGCCCACCAAGGUUGCUAGGAAGCCACAUUCCUGGGCUGACCCGGAGUACAGCAAUAUCCUUGGAAUAAAGAGCCUCCUUGGGUC